AUGAAUGCACAGUUGUCGAUGGAGAAUAUAGAACUACACGGAUUGAGUCAUGAAUCUCUAGCUAGCCACGGAGAUCUGUUGAGCGGCCACAGCCCGCAUUCCCGUCCCAGCCCCAGAGGUUUGAGCCACCGCGCGAUGGGAAUGGCGACCCUUCUGGACAGCGGCGACUAUCAUCCCGGACAUCCCGGGCACCUGCACUCGGCCAUCAGCAUGUGUGAAGCCCCCCCUGGCAUGAGCUCCAGCAGCACUUACACCACCCUCACCCCGCUACAGCCCUUACCCCCCAUAUCCACCGUGUCGGACAAGUUUCCUCCACAUCAUCAUCACCACCACCACCACCAUCAUCCGCACCAUCCACACGCGCAUCCGCAUCAGCGGAUCCCCGGUAACGUCAGUGGCAGCUUCACGCUAAUGCGCGAGGACCGUAGUCUGGCUCCUAUGAACAGCCUGUACCCCGCCUAUCAUCACAAGGACCCCUGCAUGGGCCAGAGCCUCUCUCCGCUGUCCGGCUCCGGUCUCGCCAGCAUACACACGUCCCAAGCUGGCAUCCCUCCAUACGCACACCCUGGAGCCGCCAUGCCCGGGGAGAAGAUGCUUACUCCCAGUGGUUUUGAGGCGCAUCAUCCAGCCAUGUUGGGUCGCCACGCGGAGCAGCACAUGAGCUCAUCGGGCAUGGUCCAGAUCAACGGUCUGCAUCACCAUCCACACGCGCACCUCAGCGCGGCACAGGGCCACGCGCAGGGGCUGGGGGGCAGAGAACAGGCCUCUGGGCCCGGACAGCCUGGAGGGGUUGGCACUGGAGGUGCAGUAGCGGGAGGGGGGGCUGUUUCUGGAGGGCAGAUGGAAGAAGUAAAUACCAAAGAGGUGGCGCAAAGGAUCACCACAGAGCUCAAGCGCUACAGUAUCCCUCAGGCCAUCUUUGCGCAGAGGGUUCUGUGCCGGUCCCAGGGGACGCUGUCCGAUCUGCUAAGGAACCCUAAACCCUGGUCCAAGCUCAAGUCCGGCAGAGAGACCUUUCGCCGUAUGUGGAAGUGGCUGCAGGAGCCUGAGUUCCAACGCAUGAGCGCACUCAGGCUCGCAGGUGAGCGAAGCCUCGCCUGCAAGCGCAAAGAACAGGACCACGGGCGGAACGAUCGGGGGAAUGCUUCUAAGAAGCCUCGGCUGGUGUUCACAGACGUGCAGCGGAGGACUCUUCAUGCCAUCUUCAAGGAGAACAAGCGCCCGUCCAAAGAGCUGCAACUGACCAUCGCGCAGCAGCUGGGCCUGGAGUUGGCUACAGUUAGUAACUUCUUCAUGAAUGCUCGCCGCCGCAGCCUGGACAAGUGGGUGGACGACGGUUCCGGUCACCCACCCAACACGGGCCCAAAUGCCUGCACCAAAGCCUGA